CUCCUCUGAGGACUCGCCGCCCAGGGGUGCGUUAUGCCGUCGGGAAGCGACCAGUCUCCGCCGCCCCUGCCGCCGCCUGCGGGCUCGCAGCAGGAGGAGGAAGAGGGCGAGAUCGAGGCGCAGGACUCGGCGCAGUCGGCUCCAUCGCCGGCCGCUCAGACCCUGCAGCGGUUCGAGGAGCUGUGCAGCCGCCUCAACAUGGACGAGGCCGCGCGGGUGGAGGCCUGGGAGAGCUACCGCCGCAUGAGCGAGAGCUACACGCUGGAGGGAAAUGAUCUUCAUUGGCUAGCAUGUGCCUUAUAUGUGGCUUGUAGAAAAUGUGUUCCAACUGUGAGCAAAGGAACAGUUGAAGGAAACUAUGUAUCUUUAACAAGAAUUUUGCGCUGUUCAGAGCAAAGCUUGAUCGAGUUUUUUAACAAGAUGAAGAAGUGGGAAGACAUGGCGGCCCUCCCGUCACACUUCCGAGAGCGCACGCAGAGACUAGAAAGAGACUUUACUGUCUCUGCUGUCAUUUUUAAGAAAUAUGAGCCCAUUUUUCAGGAUAUUUUUAAAUAUCCUCAAGAGGAUCAUCCCCGGCAACAAAGGGGAAGAAAACAGAGGCGACAGCCUUGUACUGUGACUGAAGUUUUCCAGUUUUGCUGGGUGCUUUUUAUAUAUGCAAAAGGUAAUUUCCCCAUGAUUAGUGAUGAUUUGGUCAAUUCUUAUCACCUUCUGCUAUGUGCUUUGGAUUUAGUUUAUGGAAAUGCCCUUCAAUGUUCCAAUCGUAAGGAACUUGUGAACAGUAACUUUAAAGGCUUCUCUGAAGAGUCUCAUGGUAAGGAUUCUAAACCUCUCUCAGACCCACCUUGUGUCAUUGAGAAAUUGUGUUCUUUACAUGAUGGCUUGGUUUUGGAAGCAAAAGGAAUAAAGGAACAUUUUUGGAAGCCCUAUAUUAGAAAACUUUAUGAAAAAAAGCUCCUUAGAGGGAAAGAAGAAAAUCUUACUGGAUUUUUAGAGCCUGGAAACUUUGGAGAGAGUUUAAAAGCCAUCAAUAAGGCCUAUGAGGAGUAUGUUUUAUCUGUCGGAAAUUUAGAUGAACGGAUAUUCCUUGGAGAAGAUGCUGAGGAAGAAAUUGGGACUCUCUCGAGGUGUCUGAGUACUGCUUCAGGAACAGAGACAGCGGAAAGGGUACAGGUGAAAAACAUCUUGCAGCAGCAUUUUGACAAGUCUAAAACACUUCAUAUCUCCACACCACUUACUGGGGUAAGGUACGUUAAGGAAAACAGCCCUUGUGUGACCCCAGUUUCCACAGCUACACAUAGCUUGAGCCGUCUUCAUACAAUGCUGACAGGUCUCAGAAAUGCACCAAGUGAGAAGUUGGAACAGAUUCUAAGGACAUGUUCCAGAGAUCCAACUGAGGCAAUUGCUAAUAGGUUGAAAGAAAUGUAUGAAAUAUAUUCUCAGAAUUACCAGCCAGAUGAGGAUCUCAGCAACUGUGCGAAAGAAAUUGACAGCAAACACUUUCGUUUUGCCGAGGUGCUUUACUAUAAAGUAUUGGAAUCUGUUAUCGAGCAGGAACAGAAAAGACUGGGAGACAGGGAUUUAUCUGGCAUUCUGGAACAGGAUGCAUUCCAUAAAUCGCUUUUGGCCUGCUGCCUUGAGGUCGUCACUUUUUCUUACAAACCUCCAGGGAAUUUUCCACAUAUUACUGAAAUAUUUGAUGUGCCACUUUAUCAUUUUUAUAAGGUGAUAGAAGUUUUCAUUAGAGCAGAAAGUGGCCUUUGUAGAGAGGUAGUAAAACACCUUAAUCAAAUUGAAGAACAGAUAUUAGAUCAUUUGGCGUGGAAAACAGAGUCCCCGCUGUGGGACAAAAUUAGAGAUAAUGAAAACAGAGUCCCUACAUGUGAAGAGGUUAUGCCACCUCAGAACCUGGAAAGAACAGAUGAGAUUUUUAUUGCUGGCUCCCCUUUGACUCCCAGAAGGGUGAGUGAAAUUCGUGCUGACUCUGGAGCACUCGGAAGAAGCAUAGCAUCUCCAACGACAUUAUUUGAUAGAUACAGUUCCCCAACAGCCAACACGACCAGAAGGCGGCUAUUUGUUGAGAAUGAGAGCCCCUCUGAUGGAGGGACACCCGGGCGAAUUCCACCACAGCCCCUAGUCAAUACUGUCUCGGUGCAGAAUGUGUCUGGUGAACCAGUUUCUGUCACACCAGUUCCUGGGCAGACGUUGGUCACCAUGGCAACAGCCACUGUCACAGCCAACAAUGGACAAACAGUGACCAUUCCUGUACAAGGUAUUGCCAAUGAAAAUGGAGGGAUAACAUUUUUCCCAGUCCAAGUCAAUGUUGGGGGGCAGACCCAAGCUGUGACAGGCUCCAUCCAGCCGCUCAGCGCUCAGGCUCUGGCUGGAAGUUUGAGCUCUCAACAGGUGACAGGACCCACCUUGCAGAUCCCAGGGCAAGUCGCCAUUCAACAGAUUUCCCCAAGUGGACAACAGCAGAAACAAAGCCAACCUUUAAACAGCAACAGUCUUAGAGCCAGGAAAAUCAGCUCUUUAUCUCUUUUCUUCAGAAAGGUUUACCACUUAGCAGGUAUCCGUCUUCGAGAUCUUUGUGCCAAACUGGAUAUUUCAAAUGAACUCAGGAAAAAAAUCUGGACCUGCUUUGAAUUCUCCAUAAUUCAGUGUCCGGAACUUAUGAUGGACAGACAUCUGGACCAGUUGUUAAUGUGUGCCAUUUAUGUGAUGGCAAAAGUCACGAAAGAAGACCAGUCCUUCCAGAAUAUUAUGCGUUGUUACAGAACUCAGCCACAGGCCCGGAGCCAGGUGUACAGAAGUGUUUUGAUAAAAGGGAAAAGAAGAAGAAAUUCUGGAAGCAGUGAUGGUAGAAGCCAUCAAAAUUCUCCAACAGAAUUAAACAAAGACAGAACCAGCAGAGACUCCAGUCCUAUCAUCAUGAGGUCAAGCAGCACCUUGCCAGUCCCACAUCCCAGCAGUGCCCCUCCCACACCUACUCGGCUCACAGGUGUCAACAGUGACCUGGAAGAGGAGGAAAGGGGAGACCUCAUUCAGUUCUACAACAGCAUCUACAUAAAACGAAUUAAAACAUUUGCUAUUAAAUACUCUCAAGCAAACAUAAUGGAUGCACCCCCGCUCUCACCCUACCCAUUUGUGAGAACAAGCUCACCGCGGCGCCGCAUGCGGUUGUCUCAGAGCCGCCCUCUCUACAUCUCCCCACAUGAGAACGAGACCGUGCUUACUCCUCGAGAAAAGAUCUCCUACUACUUCAGCAGCAGCCCUUCAAAGAGACUGAGAGAAAUUAACAGCAUGAUCCGGACAGGGGAAACGCCAGCCAAAAAGAGGGGGAUUCUUUUGGAAGAUGGAAGUGAAUCACCUGCAAAAAGAAUUUGCCCAGAAAAUCACUCUGCCUUAUUACGCCGCCUGCAAGAUGUAGCUAAUGACCGUGGUUCCCACUGAGGUUAGUUUCUUCAACGGGAACUGUCUUUUCACAAACUCUGGUUAGCAGCAGCCUUGAACACACACUAGAUUAGGAGGCUCUUUCCCUUAACCCAGCCAAUCAACUAGUGCGUGAAGGGGAGGUUUCUGUGAGAUUUUGAACUCACUCUAAGUAUCAUCACGAUAUUUUUAUUCAUCCUUAAAAUAUUUUCCCUACCAAUCAUUGCUUACUUACCAUCAGGGUUGCUUAGAACAGGUAUUAUGGAGAACAAAACAUGCUCUACUUUGAGAAUUAAGUUUCUAUGGACAGGCUCCAACAGAAGAACUGUAUUUAAAAUGCAUUCCUGUUUUGUUGUAAGCUCUGGUCCUCAAGAAAAGCAAAACAAAAAAUAGGUAUUUUGCCCUCCAUAACUUAUCAGGCAUCUGAGACUUUUGCAUUCCUGAACAAGAGGGAGCCCAGCUUCAGAAGUCCCUAUGAGUCAUAGCCCCCAUUCCUUUUAUGAAGUUCUCCUCCCAGGAAGUAGGGGGCAGUGUGAAAAUGUAUGUGCAGUUGUAUAAUGUGUGAGUGACCUUAUAUAAAAAUGGCACUUUAAGCUACAAAAAGCAUGAUUUUUUUUAAACCCAGAUUUUGCUAUAUAUUUGCAAUGGCACUUUCUACAAUAUGAGUCUUAUUAAGUACAGUGUAUCAUCUUUUAUCAUUUUCUACUUUCAAAAACUCAAUGUUAAAGUUCCAGUAGCCACCUUGAGUGUAUUUAAAAUUCUCCAGUUUUCUGUUACUGUUAUAUAUGGAUCAGCUGGCUAAAGAUGUUAAAUCAAGUUGAAUUAAGGGUAUUAAUGUGAAUAAUUAUGAUCUCUUUUAGAAGGUAGUUAUCCAAAAGACGUGUAUUAAGGUGAUCUAUUUUAAGAUAUCUUUGGGUAUCUUCCAAACAUAAAAAGAGAGAAAAUUUAGAAAAAUUAACAGUACGAUCCUGAUAAGGGAAAAGCCUAUUUUCCUUAGUAUAUAGUACCAUUUAUACAAUUUAGAAAACGUUACUUAACAGCGAUUGAAUUAUCUAUAUAUACCUUUGGUAAUCACUCCUAUUCCCAACAGUUUUAAAGUUGAAUUAAUACUCUGAUUAGGAGACAAUUCAAUUGUAAAUUGAAUCAAUAUAAACAAAGUUACUAGGUAACUUCAUAUUGCUCCAAAAGCAAUACGGGACUUCCUCUCUUCCAUGAGAAUGGUAUUCUACAGAAGUAUUUAUAAAAGCUCUUAAGAUACCGCAACUACAGUUUUAUAUGAAAAUAUUUUUCAAUAAAGCAUUUAUAAAUUA